CGCUCUCACAGCUGGUAGAACUAGCUACUCAGAGAUAUGAGAGUUUAUUGUGAUUACAAAAAAAGAUUUGCAAAAUGUUCAAACAAGCGUUCCAGCAAUAUAAAAAGAAAAAUCCCCCGCCCGACCUACAAGAUGUGAUUGACGUUGACUUGUACGAAGAAAAUAAAAUUACAUCUCACAGUUGGCAUAAUUUGGUGAAACCUGUGCAUAUCUCUGAAUCUGCAUUCAUUCAAAGUGAGGCAAGACUGCGGCAGGCUGUUGGACUGCAGCCGGAGCAUUUGUGGCGAUGUUACCAACUGUCAAAUCAUCCUGGACUACUGCUCAUUCGGAAUCCGUUUACAUUGAGCGGUCAACGCUAUUGGAUUGCACGCGGUCUUCGAGACUAUUCACAACCGCCAUACGUCUCUAACUUGGAUGCCACAAAGUUUUCACCUGCUGCUCUAUCCAACUGGUGGCAAGAGCUGCAAAACUGCAGCAACAAUGGUGAUGUUAAGCUGGCCAGCCGCCUUAAGGUUGCAAUGCGCUGGACAACGUUAGGAUAUCAUCACAAUUGGGACACCAAAGUCUACGAUGAAGCAAUGCACUCAACGUUUCCUUCAGAUUUGGCAAGUUUAUGCGAAGCAUUUUGUGUGACACUUGGAUACACCAACUUUGUGCCACAAGCUGCCAUCGUCAAUUAUUAUCCCAUCGGCACUUGUUUAUCAGGACACACAGAUCAUUCGGAGCUAAAUCAUUCGGCACCAUUGUUCUCAUAUAGUUUCGGACAAUCUGCGAUAUUCCUUAUAGGUGGCACGACAUUAAAUGAGAAACCUUCGGCGAUAUAUCUUCGUAGCGGCGAUGUACUAGUAAUGUCGGAAGCAUCCCGCCUUUGUUAUCAUGCUGUUCCACGUGUUAUGACAACUGAUCAGGAGCCAUGGAAUAUUGUCGAAUCAAAAGCUAAUACCUCUAAAGAAAACAAUGACGUUGGGAACAUGGAUACAAAUCUUAAUAAUGCAUUGGACUCGAAAUUAUUCGAAAAAGUGAAGGAUGAAUUAUUCUGGCAACCGUUUAAUGAGUUCAUUCACGAAUCGCGCAUUAACAUGAAUGUACGUCAAGUGUUGCCAAUGGGUAUGCAUCAAAUCCCGACCUGAUUUUAUUGACUGUCAUUGGCAAUUGACUUGUAUGUACUUAUAUUUAAAACUUUAUGUGUGUGUUUUACGUUGUAAGAACAAAGACGUUGUAAUUUAUUGUACAUUUAAAUUAACUGAGUAUUAUCAUAAUAUGUUGAUAAUUUCUAUUCAUGAGGAAUACAUUUAACAACCCAUACAAUUUUUGUGAUACAAGUAAUUUCCUACAAUAAAUGAAAAGAAUGUACCUCAAAUGUGAAUGA